AUGGCCGACGUCGCAGCCAUCCAGGAAGAUAUCCAGCAAUAUCGCGAGCAGCUCGAGGUAGUCGACGCUGGCCUCCGAGAUGACCCCAAUAAUGCAGAGCUCUUAGCUUUAAAAUCAGAGUUAGACGAUGCGCUCGCCCUGCUGAACGAGACCCUUGCUGAACUGAAGCCUGCGAAAGCACCACCCAAGCUUAAAGCUCCGUCGCCGCCUGCCGAGGCUCCGAAAUGGUCCCGUGAAAACCACCCUGCGUUCAAGAAGGCAGCACUUCCCGAAGAGAAGGAAGAAACCGGCCCGGUCAACUACAAUGUCAACGACAAUGUCGUGGCCAAGUGGGUUUCGGGCGACAAAGGUUUCUAUCCCGCCAGGAUCAUGUCAAUCACGGGUUCGUCAGCGGCGCCCAUCUACAUUGUCAAGUUCAAGAGUUACGACAAUACAGAGCAGCUCAGAGCAAAGGACAUCCGCCCAGUCGCUCAGAAGAGGAAAGCCGACGGAACACCUACCGGCAGCAGCACGCCAGUCCCAGCCCCCUCGCUUUCACAGCCUCCGCCGCCACCCACAGUCGCCCCCGCCGCCCCAGCUCCUGGCGUCAUCUCUUCGGCUGCCAGUAUCGACCCCGAACUGGUCGCCAAGAACAAGGAGGCAGCACAAAAACCCGAUCUCGAUGAGAAGCCCAAGGCCAAGAAGAUCAGAUCGACCAAGGAGCUCGUCGCUGGGAAGAACAAGUGGCAAGAGUUCAACUCAAAGUCCAAGUUUGCAAAGGCAGGAAAACCCAAGAAAGACAGCAUGUUCCGGACACCCGAAGGUGUCACUGGCAGAGUGGGCUUUACAGGGUCUGGACAAGCCAUGCGGAAGGACACCGCCAGAACUCGCCAUAUCUAUCAAACGAACGAUGAACUUGAUUGA